CGCUCGAUCUUGUUGCGAUUGGCAUCAAUGUCAUUUGAAAUGCCUGUUGACUUAUCACGUGUGUGUCCAAAUUGUCGGAUGUUAUCACAGCGUGAUGAGUCAGCACGCCGCUCGACAUGCGUCAGGAUAAUCGAUGGCGAUUGCAAUAUAAGCUCCCAUCAACUAGGCAACGACGUGAUAUACCGAAAGAGAGAGGCCUCGAAACGUAACUACAAACUUCCUAUUUCCUAUUGACCGACGAGUCGUUCGUUUCAUUUCAAGUUUCCAAAGAUGUUUUAUCACCUCUCGUGACGUUAUAUGUAAAAAGAAUUUCAUGUAAAUAAAUUUGUAGCAGGAGACAUCGAAGGAUAUGCUUUGGAGACAAGUGAGAAUUUACAGAUGAAAAACUCACAAGUAUUGAUAUCGAUGUACUGUAAAUAGUUUCAUUUUUAUCGUAAACAAUUUAUAUAAUGCUAAACAAAAGAUAUUUAAUUGAUAUUCCAAAACCGCGUGUGUAUGUUACAUUAAAAACAUUUUUAAAAAGUCUCGAGAUUAUUAUAUUAAUGAAAAUUCUUAAUGAAAAUAAUGUUCUCUUCUAAAUUCUCAUUUAUAUCUCGCAUUUGCCUCAAUCUCUCGUUGCCGACUGGCAAUAUUGCAGUAUAGGAUUUCUUCGUUUCUAAUAAAAUUAUAUAUACAUUAUAUAUGUAGACGCGGCACCGAUAAAUAAGGUGACUGUAGAUAGCCGACGAAUAGCCUUCCGAGGGUAUACACAUUUUGCCACUUGAUCUCGUUAGUUUUCUACAGUCAACAGAAAAUUAAUCCAAUACAUACAUAUGUAUAAUGCAAAAUCCUUGCAUUAUGCACUAUAUGUAUAAAGAAAGUAAACUCUAAUACCUUCUUCUAAAAAAAAAAGAAAAAAAAGAAAAAGUUUAUGGCUGCAAUGCUAACAAAUGGAUAUGUAAAAGUUAAAAUUUUUUAAGAAGAAUUACAUGAUCGAUUUUCGGGCAGAGGUUUUUAUAUUUGACUUAUCAACGAUUACUUCGAGUUUCGAUGAUAAAAUUUUCAGCAAAGGCGCAAUUCUUGUGGCGAAACUCGAAAAUAUAUUUUUGUGUUAAUCAUUUUGUGUGUUGCGCUCAUCUCAUCGAUCCCGUUUUUCUCUGCAAAUAGCCGUCACUAAAAAUAAAGCACCUUCCCUGGUUGUCGGUUUCGUGGAGAAUCGUGUUGCGCGAUACUCCGAUCUGCGCUUUGCCCCCGAAACCGUCGCCACGAGCGGAUUUACAUGAUCGACGGCCUCAUGUUUAUUCAUGUAACCUUCCGCAUGGUCAUAUUAAUACACGCCGCUGCGAUAAUUACCGAUGCCGGACGUACAUUCGCUUCGGCGUCCAUCGCAUAAGCGCGACAUCACAUUAUUCAUCAAAGUAUAUAUUGCAGCAUAGUUAAUUUUUAUUUGUAUUUUUGGAAUGUUUAGAGCUAGAAUUUACAAAUUUCUUACAUUUCACUAUCUCUCAAUAUUGUCUUUUCUUACGAUAGUUUAAAGACCCAAGUUCCGUUAGACGCGAGAGUCUCUGAUCGCAGAUGGAUCCGCGUGCGCGUUCUCCGCGUCGCUUUCCGAACAAAAUUUCGACGCCGGGAUAAAUUUGGAACAACCGCCUCGCGGAUGUAACUCAACUGCGCCCCACGUUUCUGCCUUAGUUUCGUGUCGAGGAAUAUGCGAGAGUCACACGCGUCUCUUUAUGGCGGAAAUCGUGCUCGGUUUGCGAGUGAACGUGUGGUUUAUGCUGUGUCUAUGUUGAAAGGUCCUUUGGAGUUCUAAAGAAUCAUUGGAGAAUUUGAAAAACGAUCGAAAGAGAUUGAUCUUUCGUAAUUGUAUGAUUAACCGCAAUUAUCGUCACAGCUCUGAUGACCGGAGAGAAAAUCUAAUUAUUAGCAAUUAAAGCUAAGUGAUGAAGGUAAAGCGCGGUUUCGCGCUCACUAUGUAAAUGGAAAAUGUAAUAAGAGGAUACCCACGAUCUAAAGGAGGCAAAUAGAAAAUGCCACGCGCGCGAACGGAGGUGUUCGACGUGGUGGAAGUGGAGAAACCGUCGAGGUGCAUCAAAUUCCUCCGGCUGCUGUGGAAAUUCAGCAGAUGCGUCUUCUCUCACGUGACGCUAAUCUCCUUGGUGGUUGCUUAUUGUCUAAUCGGCGCAUAUGCUUUCGAGUCACUGGAAGCGAAUUACGAAAGGGAGGUGAAGAAGAGCAUCAAGAGUAUACGAGGAAACGUUUCGGAAAAGUUAUGGGAAAUCACCAAGGAUUUCGACGUGUUGAUUCGCGAAAAUUGGACGGAGCAAGCGUUGAGCGAGCUGAAGAAAUUUGAAGAUAGUCUUCUGAAAAAAAUGGAGAAGGAAGGAUGGGAUGGCAGCGAAGAGGAGGAUAAUAUUCAAUGGACAUUCGCUGGUGCUCUGUUUUAUUCCAUUAUCGUCAUCACGACGAUUGGAUACGGUCAUAUUGCGCCGAAAACGAAGAAUGGAAAAGUAGUAACUAUUUUUUACGCCAUCCUCGGCAUCCCGCUCAUGUUGCUCUGCCUGUCAAACAUCGGAGACGUGAUGGCAUCGAGUUUUAGGUUUCUAUAUUGGAAAGUGUGCUGUUACGUAUGCACAAAACCACCAAAGAAACGACGAGGACGUAAUAACCUGGUUAGAUCGUAUUCUGUUCGUCAACCAGGGAGAUAUGCAUCAAGCAGAGGCCCGUUUCGCCGAUCCAUCAGAGUGAGUCAACGAUCAGCUGAUUCGGCCUUAGGCCUCUCUGAAAGUAUGACAAAGUCCUCGUACUCUGACACCGAUUGUAGGUACAUGUCUCGACGACCGGAAGCAGGUGAAUCAAAGGCAAUUGCUUAUGCACCUUCCUCAUGCACAAAUCAUCCAAUGGAAAUUAAAGCUGCAACUAUACCACGUUAUUCGGAUAUUCCAGUGGCGACCCCGAGAAGCGUAAGAGCUAGUCCGAGAAUAACGACACAGUCGCUGGACAGAAAAUUGCUGAUGAAUCCGAAUGAAGCGGAUCGCUCGCCAGUUUUAUGCAACAGAUACGCAUUGGAUGAUUUGGAAGACGAAGCAUCGAGGUGGCGACAGUCGCCACAAGAUAAGGCCGAGAACUCGGAGAAACCGCAAAGCAACGAAACGACCGAAGAGUUGGAUGGCGUUGAAAAACGAACUUGCUUUAGUCCCAGGUCCUUGCCGAGGAGAUGUCUUUCUGUCGAAGGAGCCACGACGACGAAUCAUAGAACGAGCUCGUCGUCAGGACCCCGACCAUCUUCCAUUUAUUUGGAAAUGGAAUAUAUGAGAAGGUCACAGUCUACUAAAAGUAGACGUACCAGGAGCAAUUAUUCUGUCGCACGCUCUUACAAACGGGGACCACCGCCGUCGCCGAGGAUAAUGUCGCCGAUGGGAUUUGCCGUGCAUCGACAGGUUUAUGCCGACGAUAUUGAUUUUGACUACGAGUACUCUACCUCUGCGGAUGAUCAGGAAAGGCAGCCGACCAAGCCUGUGCCUAUUUGGCUGUGCGUCUUUCUUGUAGUCAGUUACAUAUUUGGCGGCGCUUAUCUUUUCAGCGAAUGGGAAAAGUGGCCGUUCCUCGACUCGGCUUACUUCUGUUUCAUCACGUUGACUACCAUCGGUUUUGGCGACUUUGUGCCGGCAUACAAGUUGGACGCGCAGAAGGGCAUCGCCCUUUGUUCUCUCUACUUGCUAUUUGGAAUUGCCCUGUUGGCAAUGAGCUUUAAUCUGGUGCAAGAGGAGGUCAUCAACAACGUGAAGAGCGUCGCAAAGAGGUUGGGUAUCAUCAAAGAGACCGACGAGGAGGAGGAAGAGGAGGAGGAGGAGGAGGAGGGGGGGGAGGGCGAGGACUACGAGGAAUACGACGCAGAGUACGAAGAUGAGGUCUAUGAAAACGAGCCCAAGCUCUGAUCUCGCGGUUUUCAGCUUACUAUUCGACGAGAUCGGGGACGCGAAUCAUCCGUCUUCGUAUACAUGCUAUAAGAUCCAGGGAACUUCUCGGUUCACGUCUCAAUCGACAUAUGAGUCAGUUUCGUGCAGAUACAGAUCUCGCGCGUGGAUCGAGUGAUCUGGUUCUUUUCGCGCGAGUCUUGUCAAGAAUUAUUUCGUACAUAAAUGCAUAUAAAAUCAAUUUAGCUCAAUUAUCUUUUUCCACGUAAAAAUACUCCAAUUGACUAUUUUCAACCUUUUCAUAUUUGAAACAAUACGUUGAGAAUAUUAUUAUUAAGAAAAUUACAAUUGUUAAGUGUAUAUCAAUGGUAAAGAGAGAACUGAACUACAGCUUGCAAACAUUGCGAGCUGAAAAUAGCGCUGUAUAGUAUUGCUGUGUACCUACAUACAGGUAUAUACGAGUCUGAGAAUUAGUUUCUAUAAAAUGAAUAGGAGAACAAUUAUGGAAUGCAAUUAAAUUUGCAUACACUUUGCA